GUACAGCAUAUUGGCUCGAUUGACACAUGCAAGAUUGUUUGUAUGAAUUGGAAAAAAGUUCCUUCUCGGAGCUGCCCCGCGGUGGGGUUGACAAUUUCUUAUCUUAGCGCCGGUUGACCCUUGUCUGCCGCUUAUGCCAAAAGCUUUCGGCGGUUUUGGUGUCGCGUCUAAACCUGCCCGUUUCUAAGCCGCUUUCUUUUUCCUACACUUAUUUCCAACGACGCAAUUCAGCCAGCCGACAUGUCUGAUUCAAAGAGCAAAAGCGCCUACGGUGUGGCAGCAGGAGAUACUGAUUUCCGAAAGAAUUGGGAUCUCGACGAAUAUGCGGCGAAGGCCAAGGAACGCGAGGCCAAGGAGAGGGAGGAGGGCAAGGCGCGUUACGAGGCCAAGCUGGCCGGCAAGAAGUAUCACAAGCCCAUGACGGGUAAUGAGACGUAUACAUCGGCGCGGAGAAAUAUCAUCGACGUGAGCGCACAAGUUGGAAAGACGCAGUUGGUGCCUGCGGGAACGGGCGUUGGAAAACGAGGCAAAGGCGCUGGUUUCUACUGCGAGGCCUGUGAUCUUACGUUCAAGGACAACCUACAAUGGGUCGAGCACUUGAAUACGACGCAGCAUCUGCUCAACACGGGCCAGACGACCGAAGUCAAGCGAGCGACUGUCGAAGAAGUGCACGACCGAAUCGAGUUCUACAUCCGCCGGAAAGAGGAUCUCGAGAAGGAAAAAGCCACAAGUCUUCACGAAAGAUUGCAGCUAAGAGAGGAAGAGAUGCAGAAGGAGGCGGAGGAGAAGAGGAAGAAGCGUAAAGAGGAAACAGAAAAGAAGCGCCUGGAGAAGGAGCAGGCGGCCAAGGUCAAGACGGAGUAUGGCGAAGAUGUGCGGAUUGAAGGAGAGCAUGACGAGGACGACAUGAUGGCACAGAUGGGAUUUACCGGGUUCGGCUCGUCGAAGAAGUGAUAUGUGAUGGAGAUUAGGGAGUGAUGACUUAAUGAUACCCAGACUGAAGGCGUUUUGGAGAUUCAAUGUAGUGGGGACGAAACAGCAUAUGGACGACAUGUAACAGAACAUUGAAUGAGCGGUAUAUAUAAUUGUACAUAUUCAAGCAUACUAAAUAACGAUAUAAAGAUCCAAGUAUGAAAGCAAU